CUCCUUUUGAUGUGAAAAAUGACCAAACUGGGGUUUCUGCGGCUGUCCUACGAGAAGCAGGACACGCUGCUCAAGCUGCUCAUCCUGUCCAUGGCCGCGGUGCUCUCUUUUUCCACGAGGCUUUUUUCCGUCUUACGAUUCGAAAGCGUCAUCCAUGAAUUCGACCCGUACUUUAAUUACCGCACGACGCGGUUUUUGGCGGAGGAAGGAUUCUAUAAAUUCCACAACUGGUUCGACGACCGAGCCUGGUACCCCCUGGGCAGGAUUAUCGGUGGGACUAUUUAUCCAGGGCUGAUGAUCACGUCGGCGGCGAUUUACCACGUGCUGCAUUUUUUCCACGUCACCAUCGACAUCCGCAACGUCUGCGUGUUCCUGGCUCCGCUCUUCUCCUCCUUCACCACCAUCGUCACCUACCACCUCACCAAGGAGCUCAAGGACGCAGGGGCAGGACUCCUCGCCGCCGCCAUGAUCGCCGUCGUGCCCGGGUACAUCUCUCGAUCUGUCGCCGGCUCCUACGAUAACGAAGGAAUCGCCAUAUUCUGCAUGUUGCUGACCUACUACAUGUGGAUCAAGGCCGUCAAGACGGGCUCCAUUUACUGGGCGGCCAUGUGCGCUCUGGCCUAUUUCUACAUGGUCUCCUCGUGGGGCGGUUACGUCUUCCUGAUUAACCUCAUCCCCUUACACGUUCUCGUGCUGAUGUUGACCGGCCGCUUCUCCCACAGGAUCUACGUCGCUUAUUGCACCGUCUACUGCCUGGGAACCAUCCUCUCCAUGCAGAUCUCCUUUGUUGGCUUCCAGCCUGUCCUCUCCUCGGAGCACAUGGCUGCCCUGGGAGUCUUCGGCCUGUGUCAGAUCCACGCCUUCGUCGAUUACCUCCGGAGCAAGCUCAACCCGCAGCAGUUUGAGAUCCUCUUCAGGAGCGUCAUUUCCCUGGUCGGCUUCGUCCUCCUCACCAUCGGAGCCAUGCUGAUGCUGACAGGUGCCCGGGAUGAUGAUGAUGAUGAUAAUGAUGAUGAUGAUGAUAAUGAGCAC